UUUUUUUUUAUUAAAUCAUGCAUAGAUGUUUUUGAUUUGUUAGAAAAAUCUUAAUGCAAUAGCAUCAACUAAUGAUGCUCAUGAAUGGCUUUCCCACCAAUCAUUAUAUAUUAUAUUUCUCUAAAUGCUCCAUUUAUAUGCUGAUAGGAUAAGAGAGCUUCCAAAUCACUUCUAGUGGAGUUUCUGCUAUAAUAUUUAAUUAUAUUUCCCUUCAUUUUUUUCCAAAUAAAGCCUAUAUUUUUGAUGCCUACUCCUUGGCUACUUCUAUACUAACUACUUUUGCCAAGCCCCAUACCUGUUAUUUCCUUAAGUAGGGAUCAGAGAAGUGUAUCUCUACAAAGCACCAUAUAACAGGAAUCCAACUGACUAAUAAACGCCAAACUUUUAUAUAUAUUCUUGUAAUUACUUUGUACAACUUUGUUCCCCAAAAAUAUUUGUCCGGCUUUGACUUGUUGUAUACUAAUAUAUUAGUUUGAUAUUUUGAUAGACAAUAUGACACAGAAGGGAAUGAGUUUUUAUUUUUUUAAGUUUCCCCACUCGUGCUCCCUGCCUAUAAUUACCCCCCUCUUCCUUCCCCUUUGUAUCAAAAUAUAUUUUCAGCCCCUUCUCUUUAUACUUCCCAAAGAAUGGCUACUAGACAAAAUGAGAAACCAAAUAACAUUGUUUACUCCCUUCUGUUUCUUGUUUACUUAUUUUCCUAUUCUUCUGCCAUCAGUACCUGCCCAAAUUGUGGAACCAUUGAAGUCCCAUAUCCUUUAAGCACGAGCAACAACUGUGGUGAUCCAGAGUACUCUCUUCGGUGUGAACCACAUACUAAGAAACUAUAUUUUGAUGCUCUUAAUGGUAGUUCUUAUCUAGUCCUCAAAAUAAAUGCUUCUAUUCAAAGAAUUGUGUUGCAACCAUCCUCUUGGCUUCCUGGUACUUGUGUCACUCAAGACAUGCUUGUUAGUGAGGGCCUCUGGCUUAAUCAAACUCUUCCAUUCAAUAUAACUUCAUCAAACACUAUCUUCCUCUUAAACUGUUCGCCUCGCCUCCUAGCCUCUCCCCUCAACUGUACCCCGUCUAGUAUUUGUCAUCACUACCUUGAAAGCUCUGGACAUAUUGAUGCAACGCGUGCACUCAAAUGUUCAAAUGGACCUAUUAACCCAUGUUGUACCUUUAUUGCAGGAGGCAUGCCAUCAGCAUACAAGAUACGUCUGCAUAAUUCAGGUUGUAGAGCAUUCAGAAGCAUCCUUGGCCUGGAUUCAGAUAAACCUGCAAGCCAGUGGGAAGAGGGACUAGAAAUUCAAUGGACUUCUCCAUCCGAACCAGUUUGUAAAUCUCAGAUUGAUUGUUCUGCUACUUCCAAGUGUUCUCCUGCAGGUAAUACUGGUGUCUUGCGAUGCCAGUGUAAGAGAGACUAUAACUGGAAUCAUGUGCUUGGUACUUGCAUUAAAAAGAAAAAUUAUUCCAAGGUUGGUCGAAAUUUGAAGAUAUCAAUCGCGGUAGUCCUCUUUUUUGUGAUAGCUGUUGUAAUGGCUUUAGUUACAAUGAAAAAAUCUGGCAAGUUCUCGAAUCGUGCAAAGCUAGUCAAGGCUAGAGAAGAGAUGUUGAAGUCAAGUAGUGGCUGCAGAUCUGCAAGAAUGUUUAGCUUGAAAGACAUUAAGAAAGCAACCAAUGGGUUCUCAAAAGAUAAAAUUUUAGGUGUUGGCGGUUUUGGAGAAGUUUAUAAAGGUGAGUUACGAGAUGGGAGCAUUGUGGCAAUUAAAUCAGCUAAAGUAGGAAACAUAAAGAGUACCCAACAAGUACUCAAUGAAGUUGCCAUACUUUCUCAAGUAAGUCACCAGAAUCUGGUCAGGCUACUGGGUUGCUGUGUUGAAGCUGAGCAGCCAUUGAUGAUUUACGAAUACAUAUCUAAUGGGACUCUCCAUGAUCAUUUACAUGGGAAAUUCUCAUCAAACUUUUUGGACUGGAAAUGUAGGCUAAGAAUUGCUUUACAAACAGCUGAAGCAUUGGCGUACCUGCAUUCUGCCGCUUACACUCCCAUCUACCAUAGAGAUGUGAAGUCAACAAACAUACUCCUGGAUGGUGAGUUUAAUGCGAAAGUUGCUGAUUUUGGUCUCUCAAGAUUGGCUAGUCCGGGUUUGAGUCAUGUGUCCACUUGUGCACAGGGCACAUUAGGUUAUUUGGAUCCUGAAUAUUACCGCAACUACCAGCUCACUGAUAAAAGUGAUGUCUAUAGUUAUGGGGUAGUUUUGCUCGAGAUCCUUACUUCUCAGAAGGCCAUAGACUUCUCAAGAGCUGAAGAUGAUGUGAAUCUUGCUAUAUACGCAAGUCAGAGAGAGAAUAAAGGAGCUAUUAUGGAAGUUCUUGAUCAACGUUUGCUGGCUGAAGAUCAUUCUGUCAAUUUCAUGACUAGCCUAAGGCUCUUCUCCGAUCUUGCCUUUUCUUGUCUAAGGGAGAAGAAAGGGGAGAGGCCGAGCAUGAAAAAUGUCGUUCAACAACUCGAAUGCAUUACUGAAAUGGUAACGCGACAAGAAUCCCAGAGUUAGUUUGCCUAGUUGAGACUUUGUAAUGUAAUCAUCAUCGAGUACAAUAUUAUGUAUCAAGUGUUGCUUUAAUUGAGUGUUUCUACAUUGUUUAUGUUGUAUGUAUAUUCUAUAAUGGGUCAAGAGACUCAAGACAAUAAGAAUAUUGUUGAAUGAUGCUACA